GGCUGCCCGGGGUCGCGCUCCGCGGCGGGCACGCGCGCACCUUUCCAUGGCUCCGCCGAGCCCUCGCAAAAAGUGGAAGGUUUGCCGCUAUGGAGCCGGUCAGCCUCGACAACCUGUCCAUUCUGUACCAAAGUUCAGACUUCAUUGUAGUCAACAAACACUGGGAUGUCCGCAUCGACAGCAAGAUGUGGUAUGAAAAGCUCACCCUGCAGAGCCAGCUCAGGUACCGUUUCCCAGAACUCGCUGACCCGGACACCUACUACGGCUUCCGAUUCUGCCACCAGCUGGACUUCUCCACCAGCGGGGCCCUUUGUGUGGCACUCAACAAAGCCGCCGCCGGCAGCGCCUACAAGUGUUUCAAGGAACGUCUGGUGACCAAGGCCUACCUCGCCCUGGUGAGGGGUCAUGUUCAAGAGCUGAAGACGACAAUCCGCUACGCCAUCGGGAAGAAUACAACGGAGGGGCUCACCCACAUGAUGUGCAUCGAGGGGACAGAGGGUUGUGAAAACCCCAAACCGUGCCAGUCGGAGAUGAUUGUGCUGGAGUAUGGCCUGUACAGCGGAGACCCCGUGACCAAAGUGAUUCUGCAGCCCCUUACUGGCAGGACACACCAGCUGCGUGUCCACUGCAGCGCCAUCGGGCAUGCGAUCGUCGGCGACUUCACCUACAGCCUUAAGCAAGACGGGGGCCCUUACCGGAUGAUGCUGCACGCCUAUUAUUUGCGAAUCCCCACCGGCAAAGAGCUCAUCGAGGUGACCGCCCCGGACCCUUUCGUCCCCAGCCUGGACAGCAACUGGGUCCCUCAGCGGGUGACGCGUCAGCUGGACGAGGUGAUUGAAGAGCUGAAAGAAUCCAGCGUCCGUGCGGUGGAGGAAGAAAGGCAGGACGGCUUGCUGGAAAAGCCAGGCCCUGGGCUCCCGUGCCAGACCAGGCGCUUGGAAACGGAAGAGCAGCGGGCCGUGUGUGAGCAGUGGUUGGCGGAGUGGGCCUUGGAGUGAGACCCUGGGAGCCCCCUGCAUGUUUUCGCAAAGUCGCCCCUUUUCACCAGACCACACCCGGUGCCGACCCCCCGUCUUUGUUUGUAGCCCCAGCCUUCCUCAGAAUCGACCCUGGAAGAUGCUCCUAGGCCAGACUCGGGCUGCUGUGCCUGACGGGUUUUCAAACUCACCUUUCUCACACCGGCAUGCCCUAGUCACUGAGUGUGGAAGUUUACGCAGCGCAGUUGUGAUGUGACGUUGGUGCUGUGACUCACCUGAUGGUGGGUCAGGUCUAGUGUAGGUAGAACAAGCAACAAGGGUUGGAGAAGUCGGGUUCCUUGCUACCUGCCGGAGGGAAACCUCUGAUCAACUCUCUCCGUCUUUUCUUCCUGGGAUGAUGAGGGGUGUGAAGUUGGAUGGACCGUGCUCUCUUGGAGAGCAAAAGAGGGAACGAGUGGGUUGGACCAGAGAGCUGGGAGGAUCGUCCUUCUGUUUCUUCCACCGUUUCUCCCCAGGACAGCUAACCUCUGUCCUCACUCGGCCUUUCAGAAGCAUUUUAUUGCCAAUUCUAAAUCAAAGGGAGUUAAUUUAUAUUUUUAGGGAAGCUUGAAACAAAAAAGAGUAGAAAUUUUUUUAUCAGUCCGGCAAUCUCACCCACCGCAGACCUUUUUUAACAAUAGUAUUUUUCUAAGGCAUUGUGGUGGCAACUUGUUUCAUGAUGCGUUUGAAAAAGCAAACUGCUUUUUAUUUAUAAGAUUUUAGGAUGAACUUUUGGAAGUUAAAUGGACACGUACCAAACCGAGGUUUCGGGAUGUUCUGCCUGCCUUUUCCAACAUUAACUCCUGGAUUAAUUUCAGUGUUCUUUGGAUCCUGGUUGGUACUUUGAAGAACCCUGGCUGGUACCUGGUCACGAUGCACAGAACCUCUCCUUUGGGCAGAGAAACAGUGGCGCAGUGUUCUGGCUUCAAUUAAAUAAAAAACUAAAGGGUCUAGUCCUCGUGGUUAGAAGAGAGUAUUAAAUUGCACAGGGGCCAUGUUCCAAAGGUCAUGUGGAAUUUCCACAAGCCAUUCAGCCCUUCUCUUCUGGCUUUGCAUGGAUACUUUUUGCUCUUGCGUUAUUUUCUCCUGAAAUCUUAAUCUUUGCCAAAAAGAGUUGCAGCCCAAGUAUUCUGAAAGCUAAUGCUUGGAUCUUGCACAUAGAAUUUAUAAGAAUCACGUUUUCCCCCCCUGUGGCGUGAGCAAGCUUCUGCAGCCCUUUCAUCACCCAGAUUGUCUUGUGCUUUUAAAAUCGGGACGUUAGCCCAUUCUCAGCUUUGGCAGUCUUGACUUGGUGCAGAGGCGUGCUGUGGAGUAGCUCCGUUGCCGGUGAAAUCUGAAAGGGGCUGAUAUGGAAGACCAGAGCCACAGAAACUGGAGCAGUUUGGGUCGGGCACAGGGUUUGUUUUGAUGACCAGUUUUUUUUAAUUACUAUAUAGUCCUCAGACCUGUGGAGAUGUUCUCCAUGCGCUGCCUGCACUAAAUAUGGACCACUUUGCACAUUUUCCUGAGUAGAAUUGCCUCACUUGCAGAGACCUGGAUCCUGCCUCUCUGUUCAUUGAAGUGCUGUUCACCUGUACGCUGAGCCUUCCACCUGUGAAGUCCGCGGUCAAAGUUUGGAUAUUUCAACAUUAACCUCGCACUUUAGUGAGCAGGAAGAGGGCGCCAUCGGUAGCCCGGCCAAAGCAGAGUUGCCAGAAGCCUUGGUGGAAGCCAGCCCAAUUUACUCUCAGGAUGCGUAAACCGCGACUUGUUCCAGCGCUUUCUGGUUUUGCUGCUUCAACGCAACGCCUGGCUGUUGUGAAAACUGCCUUGGACCGUUUCCAUUUUCCAAAUGCGAUCGCAUCCAUUCCACUGGCUGGACUUUGUUUGUAAGAAGCAACAACUUUAAAUGCUGAAGUCAGACUGUGAGAAACUGGGAUUGCUCUGGAAAUAUAAGGUUGUUUCCCCACUUCUAAAAUGGAGGUCGAUACGUACCGGUUUGGUUUGCUGCGGGACUUUUUGAGCGCGGGUUCAUGGUCCCCACCACAGCUUCUGCCCCCUUGUCCAACUAAUGCGGCAGCCGCACAGCAACCAGGCAGGACUCCCCACAAUCGGCUCAGGGGGUGUCCUGAUUGGCUGCUGCGUUGUGCUGGGGCGGGAUUUUUUAAAAAAAUCUUCGAAAGGACAAAUCAACGUCUCCAUGCUUUGCCGAGGAAUCCACAUCUAUUUGAGCACACACAAUAUGCGUCUAUGCCCAUGUGUGCUCAAAACGACAUACAGACGUGGAUUUCUAGCGUUAAAAAUAAAAGAUAAACAGGCUGCGCGCGCAUUGCGCACACCCCACCGUGGCCUAAUUGGCCGGAUGGCUCUACGUCACCAGCAGUGGCGGGAAACUCAAACCCGGAGUCACCCCCCGGGCUUCCCCACUCCCCUGCACUUGGCUCGGGGUUUUCAAAAAGGUGCUCAACCAUCCAGGAGCAGAAAUGAAGGGGAAGGAGAGAGGCAGAAUUGGGGGCGCUGCGUUGUCGCCACUGAGGUAGUGGGGAAUGCAGCAAGCCCACGGAUUAUUUGCCGUGAGUAGCACGCAACGAAUGGUGAGUGGGGAAACGACCUAAGACGUGCUUUCCCUUGCUUAGUUUGUGGACAAAUCCCAUCUGCUUCUGCAGUAAAGGACUUUGUCUCCUCCUAGCUUCUCUGCUGACCUCCAUCGGUCCAACUAGUCAUGGUGGUUUUCUAAGAUUGGCAUCUUCACAGCCUGGCUGUAAAUUCUGAGUUCCUUGGGAAAUUAUUAGGGUUCUUUGCUGUAUUUCUCCAGCAAACCACCAUACAAGGGAUGGUUUUUUCCUGGUUAUCCCCAGCCUUUCCGAGAAUCCUUUGCAAUGCUUUAUUGUUCCAUGGUAACGUAAAUGUCCUUCAGCAGGUGUGUUAUGUGACCAAUUAAUGCCAUUUUGUCGCUUGGUGUCUGCCUGUUUUUCUAGCACUGUGUGAGUGGCUUCUUCUCAAGGUGACCACAUUCUGCCCUCACACUUUAUAUGCACAUUGGUUUGAGAAUUGUUCUCUUUCCUUUGGGAGCCACUCAACCUGCACUUCUCUGAGGCUCUUUCUGCACAUGAAGAAUAAUGCAUUCCCAAUGCACUUUGCAGCUGCAUUUUACUGUGCGGAACAGCAAAAGCCACUUGCAAACAAUUGUGAAAGUGGAUUGAAAGUGCAUUAUUCUGCAGGUGCGGAAGGGGCCUGUAGAAGGCUAGGGGUUUGUAACACAAAUCACAGCAUUUCCCAAAUUACAAGCCGUGAUGUUUACAUUUGUAUAAAUUGUGACACUCUUCCAUAGUCUGUGUCUCAGGCUGGUUCCGCAGGGGCCAAAAACAGCGGGGUGAAAAUGGUGUGAAAACGGUGUAAAGUAAAGUAAAGUUUCCCCUUCAGUCGUGUCUGACCCUGGGGUACCACUGCGAGCAGUGAUUUCAUAGGCAAGCCGUUU